AGGACACGUAGCGCGCGAGCCUCGGCACGCCAGCCAGCGCGGCAGCACCGUAGCAACCCCAGUGCCUUCAGUUCCCCUCCUCCGGAAGCAGCUGCAUCAGUCGCGGGAGGGGAUGCUACGUAGUUCCGGCGUGGUGCUGGCGGCGGCUGAGGAGGAGUAAACGAGGCAAUUGAUCUCCCACAAUGUCAUUCAUAUUUGAAUGGAUCUACAAUGGCUUCAGCAGUGUGCUGCAAUUUCUGGGAUUAUACAAGAAAUCUGGGAAGUUAGUUUUCCUGGGCUUGGAUAAUGCAGGCAAAACCACUCUUCUGCACAUGCUUAAAGAUGACCGAUUGGGUCAACAUGUUCCUACAUUGCAUCCAACAUCAGAAGAGCUGACAAUUGCAGGAAUGACUUUCACAACUUUUGAUCUUGGUGGCCAUGAGCAAGCUCGGCGUGUCUGGAAGAACUACCUACCAGCAAUUAAUGGAAUUGUCUUUUUAGUGGACUGUGCAGAUCACCCACGUCUUAUGGAGUCCAAAGUGGAGCUUAAUGCACUAAUGACUGAUGAAACAAUAUCCAAUGUGCCAAUUCUUAUCUUGGGUAACAAAAUUGACAGACCAGAAGCUAUCAGUGAGGAGAAGCUGCGAGAAAUUUUUGGGCUUUAUGGGCAGACAACAGGAAAGGGGAAUGUGCCACAGAAGGAUUUGAACACACGUCCCAUGGAAGUGUUCAUGUGCAGCGUACUGAAGAGGCAAGGCUACGGUGAAGGUUUUCGUUGGCUAUCACAGUAUAUUGACUGAUAUUUGGAGAGACAGAUCUACUGGACUGAUCCUGUUCACAGCUUCCUUAUGGACUUCUCUAUUAGAACAUGGAAGGCUCUCCAACCGCAUACUGGCAAUGAUCAAGAGACUCCUGUCUUCAGUUACCCUAUAUCACAGUGGUGACACAAUUCCUUUCCUUUUGUCUGGGAGAUAGCAUUCUGUACACUGGUGCAGAUUGUCACUUCCAGUUGCCAUUGUUUCCUAUGGAAACCAUGGCUUUCAGUUGCAAUGGGGCUGCUGAGCUGGGAUGCAAAACUCUGCACACAGCACGCUAGUGGCUGGAAAAGAGAACAUGUCUCACCACUGUGGCCAAUUGACUUAAAAGAAAGCAAUUAUAUUUUUAAAGAAAGUGUUUAAUGUAAAUGGUGUCCCUUUAGAUUUUUUUAAAGUUAGCAUUCAUCUUGGGCCAGACUCUGUUAAGGUUUUUUUUUAAUCUAUUUAAUGGUAUUUAGAUAGUCCCCCAAAUCACUGAACCAGCUAUCAUGAUAUUCAAAAGUGAACAGAAAAGAGGAAUUGAAUUGCCCUGUAAGAAGUUGUGCUGUCACAUAGCUUGAUCAUGAAGACGGUGCUAUUGGGACUGACUUGUGCAAUGAUUUUUUUUCUUUAAUUCACAGGAGUUUUAGUUUUCUUUUGUGGUGGUGGAGGAUGGAACGCACACACAGGCACACUUGUUCUAGCUUUCCAUGUCACUAUGUGUAGGAGUCUGAAUGCGGUUAUUCACUUAGGCCCACCUCUAAAUAUUAUCACUUUUCUUGUCAACAGUCUCUUUGCAGCUGCAACAGCAAAAGCGUAAUAAGAUGUACGAGUUAGUACUUUACAACACAGGAUGUUCUACAUUGCAGGCAACUGCUGAAGAAAUGCAGUAGAAAUCAUGACUUAAUUUUGUUGGGUUACUGUAGCAUUACAUUGUUCCAGCAUCUGCAUAUCAUAAUGCUGUUAAUGUAAACUAACCCCAUCUCUUUUAUAUUCAACAGAGCUUGUAUUUGAACUUUCAUACUGCCUAGACAUCUUCAUUUUCCGUGCUUUUCAAAAAAGAUAAUUUUCUCCUUAGGGGAUGUGAUGGUGCUUUAGUUGAAACAAUUUCCAGUGAUCACUGGCAGAUAUCUUUCACUCUGGAAUGCAAGGGGCUAUUGGCUCAGAGGGUCUGAAAACACUUGUGAAGCCUUGUUUGACUCCAUUGCAAAAUAUAAAGUGCAAAAUAGCAGUGCACCAGAAGAACUCUUGUGUUUGUGCCACAGGCAUUUUUUCCUGCUGAAUGGUACAUUAAUGCUAUGACAAAUGUUAACUUGACUGUUAGCUACUGUGAUCCAGCAGCCUUCGUUUCUGCAUCAAACUCCUUGAAAGCGAAAGAAGUUUGUAACGUAACCAUUUGACAGAAGUCCCAAAGUUUCUGGUGUGGUGGUAUUAAUCAUCCAAUUAUCUUUAACUUCUGAAUCUGUCGGUUUCACCCAGUGAUCUGGCAUGUUGUUCUGUGUUGCUGCUUAACUGAAUAUAUUGACACUUCUCAGUCAAGUGUUUCCAUGGAGUGCUGUUUUGUAGUCUCGAAUUAAGCUAUAAGCCAGGAUGAAUAUAGAACUCUUCUGCCAGCAAAAACUGAAUGUACUGCAAAAAUGAUACAUUUAAAUUGUACAGAUUGAUGUGGUCUGACUUGCAAAGUAGAACACAGUUGUACUCCCAACAAACAUGACUUAAGACUAACCUUUAUUGGAAGAAGCAUGAGAUGGUAGACUACUUGUGAAAGGGGUACCUAGAUGGAAGUUUGACUAAACUCAAGAGGGCUUCCUUUUUCUAAAACGGUAAUCAUUCUAAACCUGUUUGCAGAGUCUUCACUGAAAUCGCUGCAUACAGCAUCAUUGUUGAGUUUUCUUUUAAUCUUGUCUUGCUAAAGCCUGUGGCUUUCACAUAAGGCUUUUCAGUCAUCUGUGAACAUCUAGGCCGAAGUGCCUAUGAAUGUGGUGCCAAGGAGGUGUAGAGAACCACACCAAACUUCAGUGGUCCAGCAAAAACUCCUGUCUUUAUAGAUCAGAUGCAAAUAAUGUAGCGUCUCCAGUUCUGAAUACCUAGAAAUCUCUUUAUCUUGUUACACUCAAGGAAUGCAAAUGGAUAGCUCUUCUUAAAUCAACAUGAGACCUGGUAACCCUUACCUGAAAUGGCAUAUUUCAGUUCCAUGCUUAAAAAGUAAGAAGAGCUAUAGGAUUGGUGCCCAGUAAAAUCAUGGCUUUCUAUGAAGGUGGUGUCUCAGCCACUGGAGAAACCAAUUGUGAAUAGCUCUGACUUGUUCUCCCUUCUGCCUGCAGUGUACUGUCAUUAGUUAGACAAGUCUAACUCCUCGCAAUGUAUGGAUAUAAAGUUUAAUAUAUACUUUAGAAAUUGGAGAACAGAUUGGAAAGUAGAGAGAACAUGUUCUGUUAGCAUUCGGGAAACAUGUUUGCAGAGAAGGUUUGUCUGUAUCCAAAACAUUUUAAUAAAAGUUUUUUUUAAAAAUC